GCGGGUUCGCGCGAUCCUGAAAAAAAAAUGUCUGCUUUCUUUCGUCGGCAGCAUGGGAAAUGAGCAUAUUCUUGUCAACAAGGCGCAGACAGCUUUCUUGUGCACUGGAUACUCGUGAACCGUGCGUUUAUGCUUCGUGUUUUGUAGCCGACAGCUUGAAAUGUCGUUGAAACUGCGCAGCAAGAUCCUUAAAAGCUUCCAAAUUAGAGGGUUCACGCUUCGCAGUGAGGCUAGCAAGUUCUUGCUGGGCGCCUUGACACCCUUGGAUGAGGACCGCCAGGACGUGUGGCUGCGACGUCUGCUGGACUCGCUGCAGGCACAGCGGCUCGACGGACCCUUUCUCACUAAGGAUGACCUGCUCGGCUGCAUCCGUGAGUUUGAACGUGCCGACAAUGAUGGCACCGAUGUCCGUCUCCUAGUGGCCGACGCCUUUUCCCUUGCACCGCUGACCUAUUGCCAGGAGCGGCACAAGUUCAUCCCUCGCGAGUUGGCGGGCCACGGUGGGCCUCCACGGCUGUUUGGCGAUGCGGGGGCCAAGGCGUUCUUCUUCCGCGAGCGCUACCAGCUGGUGCUGCAGAAGACGGCACGCCACCACUGCUUCUCGUCGAGGUCACGCCUGCCCGCCGGCACCGCUGGCUUUGACCUGCGACCGAUCGAGCACCUGCUGGGCACCACGGGUGAACGUGUGGUCGUGCUUGGCAUGCUCUGCCAGCUCGAAGAGGGCAACUACUUUCUCGAGGACACAACUGGCUCUGUGAAAAUUGACAUUUCUGGCACUAAGUUCACAGCCGACCUGUUCAUGGAAAACAGCUUUGUGCUGGCCGAGGGAUGCUACGAGGACAUGGUCUUCCACGUGGAUGCCAUGGGCCUGCCUCCCAUUGAGCCAGCUGUGGAAACGCUGAAAUACAUGGGCGGUGCCAGCAUCUUCGACAAGUUUCCCGAGAAGUUACGGACGCAGCUGGAGCUGAGCGAUGUGCCAGACAAUGCCCUGUUCGUGCUCCUCUCCGAUGUCUGGCUAGACCAACCCAAGGUCCUGUCGCAUCUGCGGGUGCUGUUCACUGGCUUCGCGCAGGGUGCCCCCGCCUGCUUUGUGCUGGCGGGAAACUUCCUAUCGCGCUCCACGGGCCUCCAGAAGGAUCGUGUGCUGCUCAAAGAGGGUUUCAAGGCACUGGCCGACAUGCUCAGCGAUUUCCCGCUUCUAGUCAAGCACUCGCGGUUCAUCUUCGUCCCCGGACCCAAGGACCCGGGCCUCUCCAAUGUGCUGCCCAGGCCGGGCCUCCCCCGCCAGGUGACGGAGCCCCUGCGUAGCGGCACCGGUGAAGGGGGGGAGGGCGGCACCAGUGCACUGGCCGAGCGUUGCCACUGGGCAAGCAACCCGUGCAGGUUGCUGUACUGCGGCCGCCAGGUGGUGCUGUGGCGCCAGGACGGACUCGCCAAGGCAUGCCGCAACGCGGUGCACCGACCCUGGGACAAGGCGGGUCUCGACCUUGCACAAGUGUACACGCGGAGCCUGGCGGCCAACGCCCACCUGAGUCCCGUCUCGCUUGCAGUGACGCCCGUCUACUGGGAGUGGGACUUUGCCCUCUGGUUGCACCCACUGCCAGACGCCGUCAUCUGCUUUGACGCCUGCGAUGCCUUCACCGUCGAGCAAGCCGGAUGCGUCUUCUUCAACCCUGGUUCAUUCCCAAAGACAGACUAUGCCUUCAAGGUCUACUACCCUGCCUUCAAGAAGGUCGAAGACAGCCAGAUCGGGAAUGUUGCAGAGUAAAUGACUUUGAAGAUGACCCUCCAGCUCGCUUACCUUUGCUUCCAUGUUCGCAGAGAUGAACGUGACAGAGAGAUUGUGGGAAGUGUGUAAUGACACAGUAAUGGCACCCAUUUAGUCUUUGUGCAGUCAGGUGGACCUAUGGAAAUUGCUAAACAUUUUUAGUGAUGCUGCAUGACAUGCAUGUCGUGAAUCACGACUUUAUUUUCUUGCAGUGCGGAAAUAUUCAAUACUUUCAAAAUAACUAAUCAAGUAGUAUCUUAUUAUAUUCAGUCUUCCAAUUGAAUAGUCACUAUCGGUUAACAUGAAUAUUUCAGAAUCUCAGCUGUGCGCAAUCAAACAUAAAACUUCAGCAAAGGGAUAAAUUCCGUUCCCCGCGAGCAUAUUACAAGAAUAAAACAUGAGAACUUCCAUAAUGAUAGAGGCUACGUCGCUUAGGGAGUUGGGCAUUACCAGUUAUACAGUGUUCGUUUGCACACUCCAAAGAAUCUUGUGUAUGCAAACAAACUGCUUGUUUGUCCAGAAUGCUCUAUUGGUGCUUUUAGUACAGAACGCUUCAUAUUUUGCAGUUAAAAGUGGUCCUGAACCACCCCUCGGGCUUGGUGAAAAAAUGUAGUCUGCAGAUAGCAUACACUGCUGUGAACAUCUCAGCCAAGUUUUGUAGCCGUGUGUGGCGUGUAGAGCUCGCAAGCAGAGCGCGAAGUCACGUUUCUCUAAAAUGCUCUCUUUUCAACAAAAGCCUGCUCCUCACUCUUUUCUGGAUGCUUUAUUUCGUAAUAUAGCUGAUUCUCAUCCGCGGCUGCUAUUGGCCAAUAGCUUACGUCAAUCAAGAAGAGUGUUUGGAUCAGUGCACUUCUUCCUGCUGUAACUGUGUAUAUUUAUUGACAAAGUUUAAUAAACGGGCUGAAGUAAGCCAAAAUGUGCUUUCGAA